CAACAUAGCAGCAGAACCAGCACCGCAUAGUACACAUGCACGCAUUUCGUUCUCUCGAGUUGGUUAAUUCACCGGUACGAUAGUCGGCGUGUGCUGAGAAACUGCAGAAUCAGAUUCAUGCAUAAAUUAACAAUAAGCCAAAAGUUCGCUAAAUUUUGUAAUCUUACAUUGCGGUAUAGUUCUUCUCAAUCAAAACUAAAUCGACUGCUUUUUGAAAUGCCGCUGGAUCCAAAACACAUUGCCGAAGCACAAAAACAACGUCUCAAAUUGAAACAGAAAUUGAUAAAGACAUCGCCUGGAAUUGUGAAUCUGCAAAUUGUUGGAUCUGGUGCUCUGGGUGCUCCAGCUUCUAUAUAUCUGUUCAGCGAUCAAACGCGAUAUCUGUUCAAUUGUGGAGAAGGCACCCAACGUUUAGCUUAUGAGCAUAAAACGAAAUUAUCCUGCUUGGAAAACAUCUUUAUGACCCGAACGUGUUGGGAAAGAAUCGGGGGUUUACCAGGAAUUUGCCUAACCAUGCAGGAUGUGGGAGUUCCGAGUGUCACUCUUCAUGGGCCCCCAGGUUUGGGAGAAUUGUUCAAGGCGAUGAGAAGGUUCGUAGUUUUGAAAGAUAUGAACGUGGAUGCACCGGUCUGUACUGCGGAAAACGUGUUUGAAGAUCAUGUUAUGAUACUCAAAUAUGUCGUUAUAAACAGAGAAUCUGAUUCAACAAGCGUUCCUGAGGACGAUGGGAAACUGGUAGACACUACGGUCGAUGAUACUGAUUAUUACGCGUAUGAAAAACGCAGUAAAACAGAACCAAAGGCAAAAAUGUCUGCUCCCAGCCAGUUUCAAAAACAAGACUGGACCAGACGUAAAGAAACAUCCGUUAUGGCGUAUAUAUGCAAGCUGAAACUGCGAUUUGGACAAUUAUCGCUAGAAAAAUGUGUUGACAAGGGGAUAACACCGGGCCCAUUAUUAGGUCAAUUAAAAAAUGGCCACGAUGUAACGCUACCGGAUGGCAGUGUGGUUAAAUCUAGUGACGUACGUGGCCCAGAUGAUCCAGGGCCUGUGUUCAUUUUCAUUGAUCUUCCUAGCGAAGCUUAUCUAAAAGAUUUGGAAGAAAAAAAUAAUGCCUUUGCUCCUUAUCAAAAUAGCGCCACCACUGAUGCAGACCAAGCAAUGUACGUAAUACAUUUCACUCCAUUGGAGGUAAUGGAAACACCAGAAUACAAGCGGUUCAUUGAUAAGUUUUCACCUAGUACAAAACAUGUUGCAUUAAACUCAAUAAACAGCUUUUCUGGUUACGUAGCUUCUCAUCGUAUUCAAUACCAUUUGAAUCAACUGGAUCAGCAAAUCUUUCCUUUGCUAAAGGAACAAAAUAACAACUAUGACGAACCAUGUAAAGUGAACAGUGAGCUUGUAAGAUCAUGUUCGUUGUGUUACUUGCAUGUUAGGCCAAGGAAGGGAAUUGAUCGGGCUUUAGAAGCUGUUAUAAAUCCGGCUGAACAUUUACAGGAGCUUGAUGAUUUACCAGACUUCAAAACAAGUUUGGACGAUGUCCGCAGUAAAAUGAUAGAUUUGAAUGAUAACCGCAAACUUACAACUCGCUCUGAAACGUUUCCAAGGAUAGUGUUUCUCGGUACUGGGUCUUCGAUUCCUAAUAAAACGCGAAAUGUUAGCGCGAUACUGGUACUUAUCAGUGCUAAGACAUCGAUCUUGCUCGACUGUGGCGAAGGAACAGCAGGACAGAUUGUGAGGUUUUUCGGUCGUCAUCAAGCGGAAAAAGUAUUCGAAACCAUCAAAGCGGUUUAUAUAUCUCAUUUGCAUGCUGACCAUCAUCUAGGGCUAUUCGGACUAUUUCAAAUGAGACGUAAACUACUAGGUGUAAGUGGUGAGAAAUUGCUUCUGUUUGCUCCAGAACAAAUGUCCUACUGGUUGAGGCUCUACGAUUGUCGGUUUGAAUCUUUGCGUGAAGAAUAUGUCCUUGUGAAAAAUGCCGACUUAAUUGAAAACCCACUGCGUGAUGAGCGGGUACUUGAGCUAGGGCUUAGAGAGAUUGCGACGUGUCGUGUACGGCAUUGCCCGCAUUCUUUUGGAGUUGCAUUACGAAUGCUAGCCAAAGUCAAAGGUGAUACUGGCGAGGAAGUGAAAAUCACGUAUAGCGGCGAUACUAUGCCCUGUCAGGAUUUGGUAAAUCUAGGACAAAACUCUACAGUUUUAAUUCACGAAGCUACCAUGGAGGAUGAACUGGAAGCAGAGGCCCGAAUUAAAAUGCAUAGCACUUUGUCACAAGCGAUUGAACAGGGUAAAAAAAUGAAUGCCAAGUACACCUUGUUGACACACUUCAGUCAGCGGUACGCAAAGAUUCCGCGUAUCGAAUCUAAUUUAGGGAAUAACUUAGGAAUUGCAUUUGAUAAUAUGGAAGUUACGUUGGAUGACUUACCGAUAUUGUGCAUGUUUUAUCCAGCAUUGAAAGCGAUGUUCAUCAGCCAUUUUGAAGAAAUGGAAGAAAAGGCUCUCAAACGGGCAAACAAGAGGAUUCGGCUGGCACCGGGUGGGAGCAGAGGAAAUAGUAAGGAGUCAUCUCUGAUUAGAUAGGAAGACUGAAUUGUUAUGUUUGUACAAAAAAAAGCUGGCAUAACGGUAAGUCCUAAUAAAUUUAUGAAAUGUUAUUGUUUCGUUUUUUGUGAGAAUUAAAUUCGAUUAAAAGACAACGUGCCAAUGUAGUGUAUAAAAUCACACACUUAAGUUAUGGAUUGAAUUAAUAUGUUCGGAUAAUUUAACUGAGCAAUUUUUUUUUGUUAUUUUUAAAGAUUUUAUUCAUUAAUAUUUACCUUUGAAUGUAUAUUUGUUGUUUGUUUACGUUUUCUUGGUUGUUGCUCUAUUCGUAACAGAUGAAACUUAAAACGUUGAUUUUUCGGUAGUGAAAAAGCAUAGUAGCAUUAUAAGAGUUUCCUUAGCUUUUUUUACAUACAUGCAAUCUAAAAAAAUGCCUAAUCCCUAAACGACAGAUCCAUGCCCUUCCAAUCAGUUUAGUACGAUUGGAAAGCAUAAUUCACAUGUUAUAGAAUACUGUGGAUUAAAUUCUGUUAUUCUGAAGCCUGUCCUUUCGGCCUUCAAAAACUCAUGCCGAUCUAUAUUUCCGUCGUAGCGAUUAUUAUAAGUGUUAGCUAUUAAAAAAUAUCGAGAAACCUAUAAAAUGUUGCUAGGUUGCGUUUUGUUUAAAUAAAUUGUGUAUCAUCGCUCUGAGUUGUAGAUAAAAAUUGAUUGAAAAAUUUUCUUUACGCUUUCUAAUGUUUGAAAGCUUAUUUUUUUUUCUAAUUUCUUUUUGUCAAAAUUACAUCAUCUUCCAUUCGAUUCAAUCACAAUUUUUAUGCAGUCACAAAAGUUAAUGCAGAAUUCAGUCGGUAAAAAAUGUGAAUUUUUUUUGUUCAACUACUUAGUUUUGCUUCAAAGGUAAGAUAUUGUGUUUCGCUGUUCUAUUGAUUUGCUCUCGAACAGGUUAUAAUUUUCAUGGUGUUUCAUUCCAUUUAUUUAAAUUUUUAAGAGGGUCGUACUCGUGGGAAAGAGAAAGUGUCUGUGUAUGAAUUGUUAUAUAAUUUGCUUAGCUAAAAUUAAACAGUAAAAAGUAAAGAGGUUGCUAUUUCAAAACUCUACUGGUAUAGAAAUUGUAGUAAAAGUGUUGGAACAGCUGUGAUGUUUGCUCCAUGACGGGAAAUAUAACUAUGUGGUAUUUGUCAUUUAUUGUUGCCUCGGUUCGACAUAUCUACUGCAAAUAACGUUCGUAGUAGGUUUUUUUUUAAAUAUGACUAUACUGUUUGAAUAUGUGUAUUACGUGAAUUUCAUGUUUUUUAACGUGGCGGAAAUAUGAAUACAUGUGUAAGUCUACGGCUGAUACCAUUUUCGUUUGUCCGGCUUAGCAUGUUUUGCUAAUCUAUGUGAUAUGAAUGCCGUGCAUUUUCAUGUUGUUGUAGUUAUAGUACAAUGAAAGUGUUUCAACAUGUUCCAAUUGAAUUAUAUCUGAACUGCAAUUAGACGCAUUCGAGGGGCUACCUUAAACGCUCCAGCAGACUUCGGCAUGUUUUAACACAUAAUUUUGAUUUACUUUGGCAUCGAAUCAACGUUUUUUACAAGACUAUUUUAUACCUUACAAAAGAUGACAAUGUGUUUAAUCUUCAAUAAAUUUCGUU